AUGUGUGGCAUUGACAACCAAGAUAAACUCUCUUUAAGAAACAGACCAAAAAUGGCCAUGGAGCAAUACAUUCCAGAACCUCUGACACACUACGACUCCAACAUAGAAGAGGAUACUUCCAUAGCAAAGUGGAAAUCUUUCUCAGCCGCUGUUGAUGAGUGUGAAAAUACUCAAUUCGGUGGUUUUGACUGCAACAUCUGCCUAGACUUUGUGCAGGACCCUGUAGUGACACUCUGUGGUCACCUUUACUGCUGGCCUUGCAUUUACAAGUGGAUUCAUUUCCAGAGCAUCUCCGAUGAAAACCAAAGCCAGCAACAGCUGCAGUGCCCUGUAUGCAAGGCUGAAAUUUCAGAAAAAACAUUAGUUCCUCUCUAUGGCCGCGGCCAAACUACAAAACCCUCCGACAGCAAGGUUCUGCAUCUCGGUAUAGUUAUACCAAGGAGGCCACCCAGUCCUAGGUGCGGACCACACUCCUUGAUAGCAUCUACAACCAACACUAGUCCGCGACCAUCUCAGCAACGUAAUCAUGGAAGCUAUCCACAACAGCCACAAAUGCACUACCCUAAUGGUGGCAGCUAUGCUGACACACCCAUGCUUGGCCUUGGUGGCACGACAACGACAACUUCAUUCCAUCCAUUGAUUGGAAUGCUUGGGGAAAUGAUUUACGCAAGGAUUUUUGGUGACUCAGAAACAACUCUUCAUACUUAUCCACAUUCUUAUCGUAUGGCUGGUAGUAGUAGUCCAAGGGUGAGAAGGCAUGUAAUGCAGGCUGACAAGUCACUUGGCAGAGUGUGUUUUUUCCUCUGCUGCUGUGUAGUUCUUUGUCUUCUCUUAUUCUAA